UUUUGUCAUAUGACACUGAUGAGUGGGCCGAUUCCCCUGACAGCGUACUCUAUGAAAACAAAGGAAACGCUGCCACAUUUCAGGGAUGAGAUGCUGUAGACAAACAUUGUUUGGUGGCUGCAGUCGGUAAUCUGGAGCAUGGACUGUCGGGGAGUUCUGGCUGCGAUCGCCGCCGCUUGUUUCAUAGAAGCACAUCUAUUUGGGAGAGAACUGCUGCCAACCCAGAGGAGACUGGAGCUGAGAAAUCAUAUGACCCCCUUUCUGAAUAAUUGCAUUUCAUGAGGAGGAUGGCUCCUAUUCAAGAAAGCAGCAUAGUGGUGAGCCAGACCACACUUACUCCUGCUGUGACAGAUACCACUCUCAUCGAAAAUGUGACCAGUCUGACUCCGACACCCGUGAUUUUCAGCAGCACCACCUCAGGCUGCUUCGCUUUUAACCUUUCUGCUUGUGAGCCAUGUGCACCGGGGUCACAGUACGACAACAACACACUUCUGUGCACGUGCUGUCCUGACUCAGGGCGGUGUGUAUUUCCUGGCGCGUGCCUGCCAUGCACCAGAGGAUUUUAUCAGCCACUAGCUGGACAGCAGCGGUGUCUACCUUGCAGCCGGGGCUUCUACACCAAUUUCACUGGAAGUCCAUUAUGUCGCCCCUGCCCUCCUGGGUCCUUCAACAAUAACACUGGUGAAGACUCUUGCACAAGUUGCUCACCAGGUUUCUUUUCAUCGCAGGGUAAUUCUACUUCAUGUAAACCAUGUGCACAAGGACGUUUUUGCAACUCAUCGGGUUGUACUCAGUGCCAGAUGUGUCCUGGAGGAACAGAAUCUCUGCAGGCUGCUGCUAAGGACUGCUCUCCAUGUCGGCCAGGUAUGUACAAGGCCGCCCAUCAGAAUAUGUGUCAAAUCUGCAGCAGUGGCUAUUUUCAGAUCCGCUGGGGCCAGGAAAGCUGUGAUAUCUGCCCAGAGAAUCACUACUGCCCUAGUCCCGACGUGAACCCCAUUCAGUGUCCGAGUGAUGCCUUUUGUCCAGAGGGCAGCUUGGCUCCGGGCUACUGCAUGGAGACUUUCUUCCGCAAAGCAGGGGACACUUGUGAACUGGCUCCUGUCACUAUUGCUUUGUUAGUUAUUGGAGGAGGGGUGGCCUUACUCUUUAUUAUUUUAAUGCUUUUACGUCGACGAAGAGAAACUGACGGAGAGCUGACAGUAGCCCGGGCUCCACUGUUACGAAAAGAGCGACCUCAAGGACGAUACUAUGGCCUGCCCUGUGACGCAGAACCUGUAUAUGCUGGCUGGUGAAGCACUAAGAUAUAAGAAGAGACACUGAAACACUGAUAAAACUCCCUCCCUCCCCUCUAGAGACUACACCUUGACAAAUCACCAUCCUGUCAAUUGCAAUGAAUUACUGGCAUGUGAAGGUUGAUUCUUUGGUGAAUUCUUCCUGUUGCAAUCGUUCCACUCAGAGAAAAACAUUCCUUGUGUAAGUGAGGUUAUUCGAUUAUGAGAGGUACGCUGGAACGAUGAAAACAACAUACAUGCCUCUGCAUGGUGACAGCCUUUUUCACUUAUGAAAA